CCAAGCAUGAAGACAUACCUAGUACUGAUCUGUCUCCUUGCAGGUUUGGGGGUGGAUGGAGCCCCAUCAAAGAGGAAACCAGAAUUCAGCUGUUACGCAUGCGUUGACUUAAAGGAAGGCGAACUAUGUGCAGAGACAUCUAUGUGUCAAGCUGGUCACGCACAAUGUAUGACCCAGUACGUGUAUGGAGAUCGAGGGGACAUCACCAUCCUCAAGGGAUGUUCUCACGUCACAACUUGCAUGAAUAAGGAAGAGAACAACCCUGAGGAGUGUUAUUGGGCUAGUAUGGGCGACUUUGAGGGGAAAUGUACGUUCUGCUGUGACGAGAGUUGGUGUAACAACGAUAUUUACACCGCCAAGUCAGGAGUAGUACCAGAAAACGAGCAAAAUGACGUAGUUCCACCCCGAAAAUCGGCAGUUGACAGACAUGGUAUCCCAUUUGACAUUGCAGGAGCAUAUGCACCCAAACCCCGCACAAAACCAGCCUCCGCGGGACCUGGUCCUGCAGGCCCAAAGCCUCAUCAUGGCGGGCCAGCUCAUGCAAAGCCUUCAACAAACCCAGCAUCUACCGGACCUGGCCCUGCAGGCCCACAGCCUCAUCAUGGCGGGCAAGCUCAUGCAAAACCUUCAACAAAACCAGCAUCUACCGGCCCUGGUCCUGCAGGCCCGAAGCCUCAUCAUGGCGGGCCAGCUCAUGCCAAGCCUUCAACAAAACCAGCAUCUACCCGACCUGGUCCUGCAGGCCCGAAGCCUCAUCAUGGCGGGCCCGCUCAUGCAAAGCCUUCAACAAAACCAACAUCUACCGGACCUGGUCCCGCAGGCCCGAAGCCUCAUCAUGGCGGGCCCGCUCAUGCAAAGCCUUCAACAAAACCAACAUCUACCGGACCUGGUCCCGCAGGCCCGAAGCCUCAUCAUGGCGGGCCCGCUCAUGCAAAGACUUCAACAAAAACAGCAUCUACCGGACCUGGUCCUGCAGGCCCGAAGCCUCAUCCUGGAGGGCAAGCUCAUGCAAAGCCUUCAACAAAACCAGCAUCUACUGGACCUGGUCCCACUAGUCAAAAACCUCAUAUCGCUUCGCCAGCUCAUACAAAACCUCCAACUAAUUCUGGAAACGGUCCAGUAGGCCCAGCAGCUUCGAAACCGAAGCCAACAAACUCUCCAUCAACUAAACCUCCCGCCACACAACCUCCAGUGUCGUCUGGAAGUCAAUCUGGAGGCCACUCCGGUGGAAACUCAGCUGGAAACUCCGGAGGACAUAGCGGAAGUUGUCAUCAACACCAUGGCCAUAGCUGCUGUAAAAACCACGGAAUAGACAUAAACGUACACGUACACAUCGACGGCGGGACAAUAACAUCGAGCAUCAACGGAAACACGAACCAUCACGGUAAUCACAAUGUCAGCAACAACUCAAGUAGUAACUCUAAUACGAACACCAGUGGCAAUUCAAACAGCAACACAAACAGCAAUAGUAGCAACAGCAGUUCCAGUAGCAGUAACAACACAAGCUCCAGUGGUAACUCUAACACCGGAACCAGUAGCACUAAUAGUACAAGCACGGGUAGCAGCACAAACUCCAAUAGCAAUACUAGCAUCGGCACCAGUAGCAAUACCAAUUCCGGGACCAGUAGUAGCAGCAGCACAAGUACCAGUAGCAAUAGCAGCGCAAGCUCUAGUGGUAACUCUAACACCGGGACCAGUAGCACUAAUAGUACAAGCACGGGUAGCAGCACAAACUCCAAUAGCAAUACUAGCAUCGGCACAGGUAGCAAUACCAAUUCCGGGACCAGUAGUAGCAGCAGCACAAGUACCAGUAGCAAUAGCAGCACAAGCUCUAGUAGCAGUUCCAGCAGCAGUACCAACUCCGGGUCCAGUACCAGUAGCAGUUCAAGCACCUCUAGCAAUAGCAGUUCAAGUUCAAGCAGCAAUACCAACUCCGGGACGAGUAGCAGUUCAAGCACGGGUAGCAAAACCAAUAACAGCACCAGUAGCAAUACCAACACGGGCACAGGCUCUAUUGCCAGUACCCCGAAGCCAACAGUCACGGCGCAGACUGGUAAAACCACAGCUAAGGUCGCCCUACAAACACUUGUUGUCAAAGGCUCAUCGACUAUACAAACAGGCAAGACAACGCCUUCCACCGCCAUCCCAACAACAAAGCUAUCAGCAACUGCAGCGACUACGAAAACGGCCACGACAGCCAAGCCGUCGACGACGGUGGGUCCAUUAAAAACUGCUGGAACGACUUUCAAGUCAAAGUUAACAACCAAAUCUCCGGUCACUACGCCUUCGUCCUCAACCAAAUCUCAAACAACUGAAAAACCAUCAACAAGUGCACCAGCCACAACAAAGAUACCGACAACCACUAAGGGGCCAACCACUGCACCAACUUCAACUAGUGCGCCAGCAACAACAAAGUUACCGACAACCACUAAGGGGCCAACCACUGCACCAACUUCAACUAGUGCGCCAGCAACAACAAAAGCUCCAACAAGUCCGCCAUCCUCCACUAAAGCGACAACCACAGCGAAGGUGCAAACAACAACGCCAACAUCAACUAGAGCCCCAGUAACAUCAAAAAUAGCAACAACCAAAAUGCCAACAACAGCUGUUCCAACCACCACCGUAGCUCCAACUACAACCAAAGCGCCUACCACCACUGCGCCCACAACUGCUGCACCAAUCUCAACGGCGCCCACUGCUAAGAAGUCGGCAACAACAACUGUGCUCCCCACUUCAAUGAUGCCCAAUACAACGAUAGGAUCUUCGACAACACAGAAGCCAGCUUUUCAGUGUUACACCUGUGAUGACAGCCAUUGCAACAAUCAGAAGCUUCAGACAUGUCCGUCUAACUCUCACUACUGUCUAACAACUAUUGACCAGAGCCCGACUGGAGACCGUGUCUUCACCAAGGGAUGUGUGACAGAAGCCGUCUGCAUUGACAAGUGGUGGCACAAGACUUCCCCCCAACCGGACUGUCUCCUCAACAUGGACGACAGCCCGUCUGGCCUCCCCGGGAUGGCGAUGAAGUGUAGUUUCUGUUGCAUUAACGGCGAGUGUAACGAGUUCGCUCUGAGGGAUUUCUCUAGCUUUUACACUCAACGAUAAUCUUACCACUUUACUCUUUUCAAUUCUUUGCCUUCGCUGAGAAUUUUUACUUUCGAAUUCUCUUUACGUUCUUGCUAUUAUUUUAGAUAAAAUAAUCAGAAAAAAAUAAUCUUCAUGAAACGUAAUUGUAGCAAAUAUACCACUUAUAUCAUCAUUUAGUGUGCAGAUGUUUUUGUAUGCUGAUCAUUCGUUUUUAUAAGCAGGACUUUUCAUUAAAUCGUUUUCCCAACAGUUGUCGUUUAUUUACCACGUUAUCACUAUAAUACGGUUUCCCAUUACUUCUACAGCUUUCAUCACUGCUGGCCCAUGUCCUAUAGUUUAGUUAUCCGCUCUAUGGGGUAUUGUGGAGUGGGGUUACAUACUUACCGAAAAUAUGUAAAUUAGUCUUGUAUUAACUACCUCAUAUAUUGCAGUGUUCCCAAAUCAAUGAGAAAUUAUUCAGAAAAAUAUCGUUUCUAUUACCUCAUCGUGUUUUGUAAACAACACGGUUCGAAGGUGUUUUUUUUUUUUUUUUAAUGCUCCACGUUCGAUCCUGGGCUACGAAUAAAGAAGUAUCAUUUAAUUUUACAAAAACAAUUUUGCUAAUGCAGCAAGACCUUUGCUUAAACCAGUAACGAUACAACAACGCAGUUGAACGAAAAUAUAUCGUUCUAGGCAACAUAAUAAUUAGAUAUAGUCAUAGUGUCAAGUGUCAUGAAGAAAUCCUAAAAGCCACUUCCUUGAAAUUAUAAUAAAGGGUUGUUUCCCUUAAAGAUACUUUACGAAGCAGUACUACCUAUAAGGAAAUGUAAAUGUCAGAAACGGCAGAUUUUAUUUCCAUUUGUACAUUUAUUAUUAUAUUGGAUAACACUGCAUUUGCAAAUUUAUGUUAAGCACAUGCCCCACUCCGCAAAUAACAUCUUUAGACUUUUCAAGGAAUUAUCCAGACAUGAAUCGAAUAAUGUCUCAUGCGUUCUGCAAAAAAUGCAUGCAAUUUGUUUAAAAACAAAUGCGAAUAAUAUUACAUUUGUCUGCUUUGAUCGGAGUCUACAUAUUAUCACCAAUACGUGUAUAAUAAAAUGUUCA